GAGUGGCACGGAUUCGUAUAAACACUACACGUUGUAAAAUUGGGUUGCAUAAUGUUGCUCAGUCAUGCCAAAGGUGGCCUGGAUAUUUGAAAGCUGUGAAUACGUGGCACCUGAUGCUGGGGUGUGUAAAAGGUUAAAGAGGCAACUGCGUAGGGCAUUCCUUCGCCAAGUGAUGGUGGUACAGUAUCGCCUCCCGGGACCCUUACUUCGGUGGGCCACGUGGUGCAGACGUGUCAGCUCCAUUCUUAUGUCUUCCCACAGGAGGAGGCCCAACAACGGGGCUGAGGGUGUCGGAAAGAGCCCACCUUUCCACCCCCAUGGCAACUGGCAGGUCUCGAACCUACGCUCUAGCACCCCGCCGAAGCGCAAGGCGGAAACUCUACUACGGGAGCCCCACAGUAGGUAUAGGGCCAUGCUGAUGUCAUCCUUCAUCACUGCCUUUGUCAUCAUGUUGUCUGUUCCUGUUGUGCCUGAGAAGUUUCUUGGUAUAAGGACACCUGCGAAAGUGUUGGAGUCCUUCAAUAACCGACAAAACAACUCCAGCUUUAAAAGUGGUGAUGAGGGCGAGGGUGUGCUCCCACAACAAACUACCAACUCCAAAGCUCAUAAUAUUUACAAGAGAUUCAUUCCUCACAAAUUCUGGGCACGUGCUAGACCACACAACAAGUUCAAAAGGAAGAAACAUAAAGUGCAUGGGAAUUCAGUCAACCAUGAUAUGAUAAGGGAACAUUUAGUGCUGAAAAACAAAUAAACCUUAAAACAUA